GAAAAAAAGGGACAUGAAGAAUUCAGAAGAUUAGAAUUUUGGAGAACUCAAAGAGUGUAUGCACCUGCGCCAUUGCAAACGACUUUCACUCAUGUUAUUCGAGGUCUCUAACCAAUGGUUACUAUCGUCUCGUGGAUCCCAACCAGGUAGUUUACACCUGCAAGCAUGGCUCAGUCCACGUGUCAGUGACUUCAUGAAUUCGUACCACGUUUUGUUCUGACCGCCCCUAGAUUUCUUCCAACCUACUCCUACACCAUAAAACAACACACGUCGGGACAAUCGGUGACUGAGCAAACGUAACACGUGUCCUAGUCAUCUCAACUGAUGAAAAUUUACGACUUCAUCAAUUGAUUUUCCGUUCUCACCUAGUACUCGUUUCCUAACAACUGCAUUACUUACUCGGCGGUUCCAGGAUAUAAGAGCAAUGCUUCGAGAACUCUUAUGUUCGAAUACUAGUAGCCUACGAAUAUCCUGUACCCUUACCGGCCAUAUCUCACAGCCAAAUAACAUCAAUUCUGUAACAACAUAACCUUAACUGAUCAUUCAUUUUAGUCACUCUUAUACUUACGAAUAAAUAGUAAAUCAUUAAUUUAAUAAGAUUUCCAUUCUUUAUUUUCAAGGUAUUGGUUAUGCGUGUACAUUGAUUAAUUUCUUUCUCAAUUGCUACUAUACUGUGAUAUUGGCAUGGGCAUUUCAUUUUAUUUUUUCAUCAUUCACAAGUCAAUUACCAUGGACAAGAUGUGAUCAAUCAUGGAAUACACCAGCAUGUCGAGUUUUCACUAAUCAACCAAUAAAUUCAAGUAUAAUUGAAAAUACUACUCAUAUGAGUAAUAACAGCUUAAUAACAGUUGAUGCAACUACAGAAUAUUGGGAAUAUCGUGUAUUGAGUAUAUCUGAUGGUAUACAUAAUAUUGGAACAGUAAAAUGGGAUUUAGCUUUAUGUCUUCUUUUCACUUGGGUUAUUAUAUAUUUAUGCAUUUGGAAUGGGAUUAAAACAUCGGCAAAAAUUAUGUAUGUGACUGCACUUUUACCAUAUGGAUUCAUGUUUAUUCUAUUAAUACGAACUGCUUUACUUGAUGGUGCUUCAAAUGGAUUAAUUCAUUAUUUAAAACCGGAUUGGUCGAAAUUAACAGAUAUGACAGUUUGGUCGGAUGCAGGAACUCAAAUAUUUUUUAGUUAUAGCCUUGGUUUAGGUGUAUUAACUUCUUUUGGUAGUUAUAAUCAAUUUCAUCAUAAUUCUUUACGAGAUUGCUGCCUAUUUGCAUUGGUUAAUACAUUUACAAGUUUAUUAUCUGGAUGUGUUAUAUUUUGUACACUUGGUUAUAUGUCAUAUAUAUCAAAUAUACCAUUGAAUCAAAUAGCUGAAUCUGGUCCUGGACUUGGUUUUAUUGUAUAUCCAAAAGCAAUUGGUACUAUGCCAGGUAGCCCAUUCUGGUCAAUAUGUUUUUUUAUUAUGAUUAUCCUAUUGGGUAUUGACAGUAUGUUCGCAGGAGUUGAAGGUUUCAUAGCAGCUGCAGGGGAUUAUUUUCCUCUUGCUUUAACGAGCAAAAGGUUUCGUUGUAUAUUUGUCGGUUGUGUAUGUAUUACAUCAUAUUUAGUUGGUCUAUCAAUGGUCACUAAUGGUGGAAUGUAUGUAUUUCAAUUACUUGACUAUUACAGUGGAAGUCGUAUCAUAUUGAUUGUGGGAUUGUUAGAAUCGUUAGUGAUUGGAUACAUUUAUGGUUACAAACGUAUUUCAAAUGACAUGAAAAUGAUGUAUGGUUUCUCAUUAAAAUGGAUUACAUGCAUAUUCUGGUGUAUAGUAACACCAAUAUUUACUUUUGCUCUUUUCAUCAUCAGCGUUAUUGUUUAUGAGGAGUUAACUUAUAAACGGGCAUCAAUUCAUAAACCAUAUCGAUUCCCAGGAUGGGCCGUAAAAGUUGGCUGGCUUAUAGCUAGUUCCAGUGUGCUUUUAAUACCACUUGUAAUGAUUAUUAAAAUUUUUCAAACAUCAGGAACACUUAUACAGUUGUUGGCACAUAAAAUCAAUAGUCUCCGUUAAUGGUAAAUUGGUGAACAGGGAAGCAACAUCUAAAGAUUUCAUCCAUUUCCCAUUUAAGUCCAUAUGUUCCGCUUUAGAAAGCCUGACGAGGAUCUAAUGGAAAACAAUAUUGUUCGCUUAUAUAUGUUGCUCUAAAUUUUACUUCCUAAUUUAUGGUGGGAUGUGGUCUGUUUGGCUGAUAUAUAGACGAAGUAUGUUUGAAAUGCAUGAUUCACAUAGUGGAAUCUGGUAUUGAUGUACUAGACUCAACUGGCAGGGGUUACAGGAGUAAGUAAGUAAAGUAAGUAGAUAAAAAAUUACAACAUUCAUAAUACAAGUUUCUAUGUUGUUCCGUAUACAGGAUUUAUAAUGGUGAUCAGAUAGAAAUUAAAAAUGAUUAAUCUUCUUAUCUGUUUUUGAUUGAGAUCAUGAAAUGAUUGAUGUUAGACCACCAUGGAAAACCUGGAAGCACUGUACGGCCGUUUCGUCUUAGUAUGGGACCCCUCAGCAACGCGCAUCCGUGACCCCGCUCGCACGAUCCGAACCCAGAGCCUCCGUUCUCACGCGCGAACGGUUAACCUCUAGACCAGUGAGCCGGCCGGCAUCCUACGGUGUCCAUGUCUAACCUCGACCAGUCCACGAAAUUGCGCGAUGCAAUCCAGCUUGCGGGAUCGUGGAUGCGCAUUGCUGAGGAGUCCCACAAUAGAACGAAACGGCUGACCAGUGCUUCCAGGUUUUCAAUAUUAGUCUAACAUCUAUCGGUUCAUGAUCUCAAUCGAAAACUUAAUAAUCUCCACGAUCCUAUAAUGAUAAUUCUUAUCUGUAGCUGAUAUGAAUUAUUCAAAAGUGUAUUUUCUUUCCAUGGUAUCGAUCGA